CACGUGGAGGAGGUCCGAAGGCUCCACGUGGCGGCGAUCCGGAGAUCAAUGAUACGAUACCGACGCUUGGGUCUCAGACGAAUUUCAGGAGAGGGAAGUAUUUGUAUUACUCGAGGGGUGGUGAUUACUGCAAGGGUAUGAAUCAGUAUAUGUGGAGUUUCUUGUGUGGGUUAGGAGAAGCAAUGUACUUGAACAGGACUUUUGUUAUGGAUUUGAGUUUGUGUUUGUCUUCGAGUUAUAGCUCAAAGGGGGUUGAUGAGGAAGGUAAGGACUUUCGGUACUACUUUGAUUUUGAGCAUCUUAAAGAAUCUGCUUCUAUUGUUGAGGAAGGCGAGUUCGUGAGGGACUGGAAGAAAUGGAACCGGUCGCAUAAACGGAAAGUUCCGGUUAGGAAAGUUAAGACGCAUAAGGUGUCGCCGUUGCAGCUGAGUAAAGAUAAGAGCACGAUUAUAUGGAGGCAGUUUGAUGCGCCUGAGCCUGAAAACUAUUGGUACAGAGUGUGCGAAGGGCAAGCUUCGAAAUACGUGGAGAGACCGUGGCAUACGCUGUGGAAAUCGAAGAGGCUGAUGAACAUUGUCUCUGAGAUUAGUGGGAAAAUGGAUUGGGAUUUUGAUGCGGUUCAUGUUGUUAGAGGCGAGAAAGCCAAGGACAAGAAGCUGUGGCCACAUUUGGAUGCAGAUACAUGGCCUGACGCGAUUUUGAAUAAGCUUAAGGGAUUGGUUCAACCGUGGAGGAAUUUGUAUGUGGCGACUAAUGAACCGUUUUAUAAUUACUUUGAUAAGUUGAGAUCUCAGUACAAGGUUCACUUGCUUGAUGAUUAUAGCUACUUGUGGGGGAAUAGCAGUGAGUGGUACAAUGAGACAAGUCUAUUGAACAAUGGGAAACCAGUUGAGUUUGAUGGGUACAUGAGAGCGGCUGUUGAUACGGAGGUGUUUAUUAGGGGGAAGACACGUGUUGAGACUUUCAAUAACCUUACCAUGGAUUGCAAAGAUGGGAUCAAUACAUGCUGAUAUUGAUCAAUCUGGCUGUGAUAUGUUUCUCUUUACAACUUUUGUACCCAUGCCAUUUCAUUCUUAUAUUUGUUUUGUUUAUUGUAUUCAAAGCAGUUAUAUGCUUUUGUUGUUGUGGCCUUGUGUUCUUCUAGCGAUUGAUGUUAUUGGUGGGGGCAAGAGUGUAUGUAACGUUUACAUUUUGUUAUACAAAUCUCUUAAAUCUGCAACACCA